UCUUUUCUUUAUUUAUGUUCAUACCUUGUGGCUUUUUUGUUUUAUUAUUGAAAUUAUAGAUUAUAGCAUGCAAAAUAUUGCAAACGUAAUGCCAUUAACUAUUAAAAGCCAGUGCAAGUGUUUAAUAUUAUUAGCAAUUAAGUUUUAAGUGCAUUGAAGCAUGUCGCGUCGCACCUUUGGAACAAAGCAGCAGCAGUGAAAAUUCAACGCGAGACUGCAGGGUGAAAACGGCGCCAUUUUAAGAAACAAAACAAAGCCAGCAGCAAAAGCAGCAAGCAAAACUUGAAUGCAAUGCAAUUAAAGGCGCAAAAAGCAUAUGCAUAUGCUCAAAUAACAAUUUCAUUAUCGGUGUGCAUAAUCAAUUAACGCUACAAAAAAAUUACAAAACCUCCGCCCUCGAGUCGAAAUAUGAGCAGUGGCCAAAAUGAGGCAUCAGCAGCAGCAAAAAAGGAAAAGGUUCUCGAAACGCAGCAACGUACACAAGAAUCCGGCAGUGAAAAUGAGGAAACCGACUCUAUUACGGAUCAGUCAAGUCAAUCGAAGUCUACGAAAUCAGCAACACAAUUUAGCGUGCAACGUUCGGAUACUGAUGGACUGCGCAUGAAAAUCUCGGCCAUAAGGAACCCGCCUUCAACACAAGCAACAACGACAACAGCAACAGCAACAAGUUUAACAAGCUCAACAGCUAGAAAGGAAGCAUCAACAGUUGAGAAUAUUUCCCGUAAAAAGCUGACAAAGGUGCGUAAAAUGAGCGAGGCUCAGGAAUUGAGCGUCUGCUCAACGGAUGCCAAGGACAGGCAUAGAGACAAAGAGAGGGAGAAAGAUAAAGUCUUAUCAACUGUAAACACAACCAAAAAGAUUAAAGUCAAACGUAAGAAAAUUGCCCAAAAGAGCUGCGCCAACAACAUCACCAAUAAUAAUAAUAACAAUAACAACGGUAAAGCGAGUCGCACGCCUGCGGCUGUAUUUACGUCCGAUUCUGAAGAUGAUUUGCCUUUGAAGAUGCACAUUCAGCUUGCGCCUCGGUUGCUAUUAACAGCCAUUGGUGGCAGUCAGGGCGACAAUCACAUGGGCAUAUCCAGUAGCGAUAACGAGGAGCUGGUCAAAGCAGCGGACUUGGUCACGGCGGCUAUUAAGCGCGUCGAAAGCGAUGCAGAGGACAAUAGCAGCAUUGCAGCAGGCGCAGCUGCUGCCAAGAUCAAGCAACAUCUGCCGCAAUACCAGUCCACGCUGCUGCAGGACUUUAUGGAGAAGACACAAAUGUUAAAUCACACCGGCAGCACCAACAGUUUAGCAAAUGCAUCAACGCGGGCAACCGCAGCAUCUGCAUCUGCGUCUGCAUCUGUUAGCAGCAGUAGCAACAACACACAGCAGCUGCAACAGCAACGUAAGCGACGCGGUCGCCCCAAGAAGCUGCAACCAACUGUUGCCGCCAGCGUUGCUCCCCUGCCCGUCGCUAUGCCCACCAUUAAUGAGUCAGCAGACUCGGGUGUCAUCAGCACCACACCGUCGCCCAAAAUGCAGCAGGUGCUGGCUAGCGACAUUGCCAAGCCUAAAAUAGAUAUGGCCUAUCUGGACAAGCGCAUGUAUGCAACAGCGGAACGUGUGUUGUAUCCACCGCCGCGCAGCAAGCGACGCCAGGGUAACAAGAAGGCCAACAAGGAGGAGGUGCAGGUGGAUCCACUUUGGCGCAAGAUCGAUGUGAAUAAAAAGUUUCGGUUACGCAGCGUUAGCGGCUACAAAAGCGAUGGCGGAGGCGGCGCUGGUGGCACCUCAAACACCAUUUGCAGCAAAAUCCUCGCAGCCAAAAGCGGCUACGUUUCGGACUACGGCAGCGUGCGGCAUCAGCGGCACAAUCACAAUUCGGGCUACAAAUCCGAUGCCAGCUGCAAGAGUCGCUACAGCAGUCGCAGCUGUGCUAGUCGGCGCAUGAGUCGCGCCAAGAGCUGCGGCUAUCGCAGCGACUGCAAGGAAUCAUCUGGUAAAUCGAGCAAAUCGCUGCGUCGACGCAGACGCGCCUCAAUGCUGAGAAGCGGCCAUGAGCAGACAUCGAAUGCGCUAAGCGAUGAACACGAUCAGGAUAUAUUGCAGCUGGCAGGACUCUCACUCGGCCAUAGCAGCGAGGAGAGCAAUGAGUACAUUAGCAAACCAAGUCUCAAGUGUUUGCCCAGCACAAGUGCCAGUAAGAAAUAUGGUGAAAUCAAUCGAUUUGUGGCAACUGGUCAAUAUUUCAGUGGCGCAGCAAAGACAACCACUGGCGGCACAGCUGCAGGAGCCAGCACAGCUAUAGCGACCACAACAACGGCAGAAAACUUUAUACAGGGUAAAAUGUUGCUGCAACGCAAGCACUCUAUUAGCCAGGAUACAAUUGUGCCCAGCAAGAGCGCGUGCAAGAUCAAAAGUCGACGCUCGUCUGCUGCUAGCAUGUGCAGUAGUUAUGUGUCCGGUGUCUCACGGAUGCGUCGACGGCAACGUAGGAAGAGCAUGAGUCAUGCGAAAUCGCUCAACAUUGACUCCAAGCUGCUAACCGAGAUUGACAUCAUUGCAAGUACAUUUCAUGCUCGUUGUCGCAUUCAGGAAGAUCGCUUGACAGCCAGCAGCGGCAAGGAGAAAUUGCUUGCCGAGGCGAAUAAGCUGCAGGCCACGCUGGCGGCACCUAUUGCAUCCACGUUGCCGCUGCUAAAUGGUGGCGGCAGCGGCAACAGCAACACUGCUGGAGCGGCAGCCUCCAAGCCGCUUAAACGGGCACUCAAGAAGCGUAAACUGAGCGAGCCACUAAUGGACUUUGCCAUGCUCUCGGCCAGCGCUGGCAAUACGAAUGGCAUCAGCAAUAACAGCAGCAGCAGCAAUGGUGGUGCUAAGCGCCGCCAUAAGAAGUCGAGCAGCAACAGCGGCGGCAGCAACAGCUCUAGUCCAGACGAUCAUAAACUGCCGCUGAAGAAGCGUCAUUAUCUGGUCACAACUGGUGCCGAGGUGACGACAGCGUUUGCCAGCAAUGGCAAGUUGAAUGCCGAAGCUUGGGCUGCUGCUGCAGCUGCGGCCAAGACCAGCGCCAAUACCAAAUCCCAGGCGCAGUUCAAUGCCAAGAAGUUAACGCCCAAAAAGCGACAUUUACUGGUCAGCCAAGAAGCUAGCGGAAGCGGGUCCUCUGCAGCUGGCAACGCUUCUCCAUUGCGCAUUGUCGUUGACAACAAUUCCAUAAGUGGAGGCAAGUUGCUUGACAUAAGCCCCAGCUCACUGUGCUCCCUCAAGCAGCAGCGUCGCCAGGGAACCAAGUCAAAGAACUCCACGGCGGUGCUUGCAGGCACAGUUGCGCGUGAGCUGCCACAGCAGCUACAGUCGCCAGCAGGCAGCAAUAGCUGCCCGCCGCCAGGCAUCUUUGAACCGUCCGUGGAACUGGAAAUACAAAUACCCAUAGCCAAGCUAAAUGAGGCGGUUAUCACAAAGUCGGAAGUCGAAUCGCCCCUGCUUGCCGCAAUGGACAUCAAAGACGAUGCCAACAAGAAGGAGCAGUGUCAACGUGUAUUGGAAACGCUGCUGCACAAGACUGGCGGCAAUUUGUUGCUCAAGCGUAAGCGCAAGAAGAUCAAUCGCACCGGCUUCCCCACCGUGAGGCGCAAAAAACGUAAGGUGAGCGUUGAGCAGACAGCAAUUGUACAGCAGCAGCAACAGCAACAACAGCAGCAGCAGCAGCAACUGGAGCAGCAGCAACUAUUGCCCGCUCGCGAAACACGUAGCAGCAGCACCCUUGCAGCUGUAACAAUGGAUUGCGAGCGUGUGCCGCAGCCAGGCGAGGCUAGGGAAACAUUUGUGGCUCGCAGCAAUAAUCAGCGCACGCCUCGUUUGUCAGUGGUGGCAUUGGAACGCUUACAACGACCACAAACGCCAGCGAAUAGUGGGCCCACAGCCAGAGGCAAGCCACGCGGCAGAGGCAGACCUAGAUUGCAAAAGCAACUGCCACAGCAACAGUCGCAGCAGCAGCAACCGGUAGACCAGCUGUUGGAAUUGCAACCAACGAAAAAGCGCGGACGCGCUGCCAAACAGCCGGAAGUGGUGCUGCCGAGAUUAGAGCGGAAGCUGGAGCCUAGCAUUAAACUGCCAGCAGGCAUUGAUCCCAAUACGAAUUUUAGUUGUAAAAUACGCUUGAAGCGACGCAAAACCAUGCAGCAACAGGAGUUAGUAAAACGACAGGAACAGGUGCAGCCACAGCAACAGCAGCCACAGCCACAGCAACAGCAGCAGCAGCAGCAGCGGUUGCAUGUAGAGCCUCCCACAUGCGAUGAUCAAGUGCAGAUUGAAGCUGAAGCGGCACUCAAACGCAAUCAGCAACCAGUGCCAGCCAUUGAGCAUGAACCAUUGCCGGCGCAUGAGUCCACGUCCAGUUUGGCCACCGACUAUGCCAGCUGCAGUGAUACCAGCGAGGAUAAAUGCAGCACUGCAUCGCAGCGUAAACGCUAUAAACUCAAGAAGAACUUUUUGGUGGCAGGACUCUUCUCCAAUCACUACAAACAAGUCCUAGUUGGUGGUGCGGCAACGACGCCCGUCGCAUCCGUCGCUGUCAAGCCGCCAAAUAGGAAAACUGCAGAUGGGGAGCAACAGCAGCAAGUGCAGCAACAGAUGGGCAGCUCGUUGCUGCCAGCGCCCAACUAUUGUGAACGGUAUUUUAGACGCACAAUCGUCGACUUUGAAUUGCCUUAUGAUAUUUGGUGGGCUUAUAGCCAUGAUAAGCUGCCGACGAGGCAUGUGGUGCCCAGUUGGAACUAUCGCAAAAUACGUACCAAUGUCUAUGCGGAGUCGGUGCGUCCCAAUCUCGCUGGCUUCGAUCAUCCCAUUUGCAAUUGCAAACCACAACCGAAUGGUGCCUGCCUGGACAAUUGCCUGAAUCGCAUGGUGUAUACGGAGUGUGUGCCCAACAAUUGUCCAGCGGGCGAUAAAUGUCGGAAUCAGAAGAUCCAACGUCAUGAAGUGGCACCUGGAGUGGAGCGUUUUAUGACCACCGACAAGGGCUGGGGCGUCCGCACCAAGUUGCCCAUUGCCAAAGGCACCUACAUACUGGAGUACGUGGGCGAAGUAGUCACCGAGCGGGAGUUUAAGCAGCGCAUGGCAAGCAUUUAUCUGAACGAUACUCAUCACUACUGUCUGCAUCUGGAUGGCGGCUUGGUCAUUGAUGGCCAGCGCAUGGGCAGCGACUGUCGCUUCGUGAAUCACUCAUGCGAGCCCAAUUGCGAGAUGCAGAAGUGGAGCGUGAAUGGCUUGUCGCGCAUGGUGCUAUUCGCCAAGCGAGCCAUUGAGCAGGGCGAGGAGCUCACCUACGAUUACAAUUUCUCACUUUUCAAUCCCUCCGAGGGUCAACCGUGUCGGUGCAAUAUGCCGCAGUGUCGUGGUGUGAUUGGCGGCAAAUCGCAACGCAUUAAACCGCUACCAGCAGAACAGAAGACGACUGCAGGUAUGGAGAGUGCAAGCACUGGGGCUAAGGAAGCGAACGGGAAUCGAAAUGGGCGACAGCGCAAGCACAAAGCCAAGAAGAAUGCUCAGCGCCAGCAGCAGGCAGCCAAGGAGGCAAUGGUAGUGGCUCGAGUGCAGCAGCUCUCCGAAAAGGAAAAGAAGCUAGUCAAGCAGUGUAAUAUCUUUCUGGUGCGCAACUUCGAGAAGAUUCGUCGUUGUAAAGCUAAACGCGCUGCGGCAAAGGCACGGGCUGCUGGUUCACCAGUUGCUGGUGAGUCUGACUUGCCUGGUCGUCGUCCAUCGACGCCUUCAUCAACUUCACUGCUGGCUGCACAAAUUUCUGCACUCUGCACGCCGCGCAACAUGAAAACACGUGGCUUAACGCAAGCCGUACAAGAUCCGGAGCUGGAGAAGAUGGCCAAAAUGGCGGUAGUAUUGCGAGACAUAUGCACAGCACUUGAAUCUCCCAAAAUGUCUGAGUUGCUCUCCUCAUUGGCCAGUAGCAAGAAAAAGAAGCAGCUCAAAACUGCGCGUCUCGAUUUUAAGACAAUUCAAGCCCAAGUGGAACAGGGACAUUAUAAGACACCGCAGGCAUAUGAUGAGCAGAUGCAGCAGCUUUUCACAGAGGCGCGUCAGCUGCACGGCGACGAUGAGGCCAAGUCCAAAGCGUUGCAAACGCUGCUGGAAAGCUACAAGCAGCAGAAGGCGGCCAACUAUGCACAGCUCCUGGACAUACUUGGCAAACCAGAAGGACUGCAAAGUUUUAAGCCCAAGCAGGAGAUAGUGGAAAAGGCCAACGAAGCUCACUCAGAGGAUCACAAGCAGCAGAAUAAAAAAGAAGAAACAGAAACUAAUGCUGUUGCUGUUGCUCCGGAGCAGCCUCCGACGGACGAGGAAGAUGUCAUACGUUGUAUAUGUGGUCUGUACAAAGACGAGGGUCUAAUGAUACAGUGUGCCAAAUGCAUGGUCUGGCAGCAUACCGAGUGUACCAAAGCAGACAUCGAUGCGGAAAACUAUCAGUGCGAACGGUGCGAGCCGCGUGAGGUGGAUCGCGAAAUACCACUGGAUGAGUACACGGAGGAGGGCCACCGUUACUAUCUAUCGCUAAUGCGUGGCGAGCUUCAGGUGCGGCAGGGCGACGCGGUUUAUGUGCUGCGUGAUAUACCCAUCAAGGAUGAGACAGGCAAGGUGCUACCCAGUCAGAAGCAUACGUACGAGACGAUUGGAGCAAUUGAUUAUCAAGAGUGUGACAUCUUUCGCGUUGAGCAUUUGUGGAAGAACGAGGCCGGCAAACGUUUCAUUUUUGGCCAUCACUUUUUGCGUCCUCAUGAGACUUUUCAUGAACCCUCUCGUCGCUUCUAUCCCAAUGAGGUAGUCCGUGUCUCGCUGUACGAAGUGGUACCCAUCGAGCUAGUGAUUGGGCGCUGUUGGGUGUUGGACCGCACAACAUUCUGCAAAGGUCGCCCCAUGGAGUGUAACGACGAGGAUCAUUGCUACAUAUGUGAGCUGCGCGUGGACAAAACUGCGCGUUUCUUUUCCAAGGCCAAGGCGAAUCAUCCGGCGUGCACUAAGAGCUACGCGUUUAGAAAGUUUCCGGAGAAACUCAAGAUCUCAAAGAGCUAUGCUCCACAUGAUGUGGACCCAUCGUUGUUAAAGUCGAGGAAGCAAAAGACUGAUUUAGAAGUAGGAGCAACAUCCAUAAAAAUGAGCAGACAGGAACAGAAAGCAGGCCAAGCAACGGGAAACAGGAAGCAGCGAAACGCACACGCUGGGCAGACAGGAUCAGCAACCGGUGUAUCGGCUGCAGCCACAGAAAACGCUGUAAAAGUGUUAACGCCAGUCGCUCCCAAUGGACAGGUGCUAAAGAAGAAGCGAUCACGCUUGGAAAAUGUUCUGAAUACCAUGAAGCUCAAAUGCCUGGAUGCGCAGACGGCGCAGGAGCAGCCAAUCGAUUUGUCCUACUUGCUAAGUGGACGCGGCGCCCGACAACGCAAAACCAACUGCAACAGCAGUAACGGCGGCAACAGCAGCAUCUCGGCAACGCCGUGCGCCUAGUGGAUGCUAAUAUGUGUAGCCAUGUAUAUAAAUAUCGACUUUAGAGGCAUUGCGUACUAUUUAUAUAAAAGAAAAAGAUAAUACAUAAUUUAGCCUUAGUUUGUAAGUUGUAAAGCGCAUAAAACGGUGAUAGUAGUAAUUCUAGUUUGUAAAUUGUUAUGAACAACUUCUUGAGCAACUUA